AUGGAGACAGGGUUAGUUAAGCCUGAUUUACUUAUGUACAACACAGUCAUAGAUGGUCUUUGUAAAGAAGGGCUUGCAAUUGAGGCAAAAAAAUUAUAUCAUGAAAUGACUGAUAGGGGAAUAUCUCCGGAUAUUGUUACCUACAACUCUCUAAUAUAUGGUUUCUGUUGCAUGGAUCAAUGGUACGAAGCCACGUGGUUGCUAAAUGAAAUGGUGGUAGAAGGCAUCAGACCUUGUAUUUAUACCUUCAAUAUAUUGAUAGGUGCAUUUUGUAAAAAGGGGAGGAUAACCAAAGCUGAGGCAAUAGCUGGUAGGAUGAUCAAAUGUGGUACAAAGGCUGAUGUUAUUACUUACAAUUCUUUAAUGGAUGGGUACUAUAUGAUGAAUAAUGUUGAUGAGUCGAAGAAGGUUCUUAAUAGAAUGAUCAAAAGUGAUGUGUUGCCUGAUGUUUUCAGUUACAGUAUCUUGAUUAAUGGGUUAUGUAAAAUGAAAAGGAUUGGUGAAGCCAUGGAUCUCUUUCAGGAAAUGCAAUGCAAAAGCCUCUGUUGGGGAUCUCUCAGUAGGUUUAUAUGCUUGGUCUCGCAAUCUCCUACCCAUAGUGCCAAGCAGAAGAGGUACGCCUUCCCCAGAUAUUUUUCCCAUUCGCCAAAGCCUAAGAGCAUUGAAGAGGCUAUCUCUUCAUUUCAUAGCUUGCUUCAUAUGAAUCCCCAACCCUCUAUAGCUCGUAUUAAUAAGAUUCUAGGAUCUGUCGCGAAGAUGAAGCAUCACCGAGCUGCUAUUUCCCUUUUCGCAAAAGCAGAAUGCAAGGGAUUCACGCCUUCUUUAGUUACUCUGAACACCUUGAUGAAUUGUUACUGCCAUUUGGGUAACAUGCCUUCUGCUUUCUCUAUUAUAGGGAGGAUUCUCAAGUUGGGCUGUCAGCCAGAUAUAAUAACUUUAAAUACUCUGUUGAAAGGUCUCUGCAUUAAUGAUAACGUUAGAGAAGCCCUUGUCUUUCACAAUGACAUCUUGACAAAAGGAUUUCAGCUAGAUGAGGUAAGCUAUGGCAUCCUGAUUAAUGGCUUUUGUAAAAUUGGAAAAACGUCUGCUGCUCUUGAAUUGCUUCGAAAGAUGGAGACGGGAUUAGUUAAGCCUGAUUUAGUUGUGUACAACACAGUAAUCGAUGGUCUUUGUAAAGAAGGGCUUGCAAUUGAGGCAAAAAAAUUAUAUCAUGAAGUGACUGAUAGGGGAAUAUCUCCGGAUAUUAUUACCUACGACUCUCUAAUACAUGGUUUCUGUUGCAUGGAUCAAUGGCACGAAGCCACGUGGUUUCUAAAUAAAAUGGUGGUAGAAGGCAUCAGACCUAGUAUUUAUACCUUCAAUAUAUUGAUAGGUGCAUUUUGUAAAAAGGGGAGGAUAACCAAAGCUGAGGCAAUAGUUGGUAGGAUGAUGAAAUGUGGUACAAAGGGCGAUGUUAUUACUUACAAUGCUUUAAUGGAUGGGUACAAUGAGAUGAAUAAUGUUGAUGAGUCGAAGAAGGUUCUUAAUAGAAUGAUCAAAAGUGAUGUGUUGCCUGAUGUUUUCAGUUACAAUAUCUUGAUUAAUGGGUUAUGUAAAAUGAAAAGGAUUGGUGAAGCCAUGGAUCUCUUUCAAGAAAUGCAAUGCAAAGGUUUGUUUCCUGAUAUUGUGACAUAUAGUACUCUUAUUGAUGGCCUGUUCAAAUCAGGAAAGAUCUCAAACGUGCAGGAACUUAUUUAUGAUAUGCAUGAUAGUGGUCAUCCACCAGAUAUAGUAAGCUACAAUGUUUUGUUGGAUGGAUUGUGCAAGAGCCAGCGUCUUGAUGAAGCAAUUAUGCUAUUUGAAGAAAUGGGUGUCCUAGGAAAACAACCUGAUAUUUACACACAUACCAUUCUUAUUGGUGGUUUGUGCAAGGAUGGUAAAUUAAAUACUGCUCAACAAGUUUUUCAGUAUCUUUUGGCUAAUGGUCAUCCUCUAAAUGUCCAAGCAUAUACUGCUAUGAUUAAUGGACUCUGUAAAGAGGGCUUGUUUGAUGACGGACGGGCAUUACUUUUUCAAAUGAUUGACAAUGGGUGCCUCCCAAAUUUUGUAACUUUUAAAACAAUGAUUGGAACUCUUUUGGAGAAAGGUGAGAAUGAUAAGGCGGAGAAUAUUCUUCAUGAAAUAGUUGCUAGAGGUCUUCAACGACGAUAA